AAUUGGCAGCUGAGUGCCAGAGCGCCGGGUUCCCGGGCACACUAAUUCCAUACAAAUGUGACCUCUCCGUUGAAGAGGAGAUCCUCUCCAUGUUUUCUGCCAUCAAGACCCUCCACCAGGGGGUUGAUGUCUGCAUCAACAACGCCGGACUGGCCCGGCCGGAGCCCUUGUUGUCCGGCAAGACGGAGGGCUGGAGGACGAUGCUUGAUGUCAACGUGAUGGCUGUGAGCAUCUGUACCCGUGAAGCGUACCAGUCCAUGAAGGAGCGUAACAUUGACGACAGCCAUCUAAUUAACAUUAAUAGCAUGAAUGGCCAUAGUGUGGUCCCACAAUCUGUGGUGCAUUUUUACAGUGCCACAAAACACGCCGUCACUGCAUUGACGGAAGGGCUGCGGCAGGAACUCCGAGAGGCAAAGACGCACAUCCGAGCCACGUGCAUAUCUCCGGGACUGGUGGAGACUGGAUUUGCUUUUAAACUCCACGAUAGCGAUCCGGAGAGAGCUGCAGCGACAUAUGAGAGCAUUCGGUGUCUAAAAGCCGAGGAUAUGGCCAAUGCCGUCAUAUACGUCCUCAGUGCCCCACCUCAUGUACAGAUUGGCGAUAUUCAGAUGAGACCUACUGAGCAGCUAUCCUAGCAAAAUAAGAUUUGCUCU